GGUUAUUUCUGACUCCCAGAGAUGAUGCAUGUGCAGAGUGAGUAGGCCAAAGGGGGAUGUGGCCGGCUGAAAGGCAGCGUCCUCUCCACCACCCCCAACCACAGUGCCCUGUGAGCUGCUGUUAGAUGACUGGCCCUGGUAAAGUCACUCACUGGGCCCUAUGGUGUAUUCCUCACCAGCUGCCACAGCUGGUGACCUCUGGUGUCCUAACUCAUCCCCACCCCCUUCCUGUCCGUGGGACAAAUCCUUCUGGAAACAGGGCUCUUCUUCUCUGGGGCCCAAAACCCUAGGGGACGGGCCCUCCUGGCCUUGGAAAAGGCCCACACCGAGAGGGUAUGAAAAAAGGAAGGCGUUGAGCAGGAAAAAGCCUUAAUGCUGCUUCCCACUGGGUGGCAACGCAAGUCCAAGCUAGGCGAUCUCACCCAGUAGGCCUCGGUGAAUCCCCAGGGGCCAUGAAGGUGGUGCUCACAGCGCGGUCCUCGACCAGCAGCAGCAACUUCACCUGGAAACCCGUUAGAAUGCAAAUUACCUCAGCCCCACCCAGCCCUCCACGACCGGAAACUGUGGCGCUGGCACUUAGCUCGGUGCUUUAACGAGCCCUCCAGGUGCGCCGAGGCACGAAGAGCAACGAAUGGAGGAGCGGAUUGGGGAAAGAAGGGCCUCUCCUUUAAGACGGAGCGGACGCCCCCCGCCGCCCCUUCCCGGGCCUCCUAACAGCCUGCAGCGGCCGGCGGCUCUCAGCCGCCGGGACCCCGGCGCCCGCGCCCAGAGUCAUGAACCGCAGCAGCACGAGCAGCGCGGCCGAGAAGGCGCCCACACCCGUGCUCUGGGGCUGUGAGCUAAACCAGGAGAAGCGGACCUGGACCGUCAAACCCCAGAAGGAAGGGAAGCAGUACUGUAAGCUGUUGCUCAGUACGAUUUGCUUGGGGGAGAAAGCCAAAGAAGAGAUGAACCUCGUGGAAAUCCUGCCCCCAGCCAGCCAGGAAGACAAGAAGGCCAAGCCCAUCACCAUCGCCUCUCUUCAGGCCUCGGUGCUCCCCAUGGUCAUGAUGGGAUUGGAGCUUUCUCCUCCAGUCACUUUCCAGCUCCGGGCUGGCUCUGGACCCGUGUUCCUCAGUGGCCAGGAAUGUUAUGACACUUCAGACCUGUCCUGGGAGGAGGAGGAGGAGGACCUGGAGGAGGAGGAAGAGGAGGAAGAUGACAGCGAUGAUGAUGAUGAUGACGAUGAUGAUGUUGAUGUAGAUGUGUCCCUAGAGGAGGAGACCCCUCUUAAACAAGUCAAGAGGCUAGCAUCCCAGAAGCAGACAGGUGUUGCCAAGAAAAAAAAGGUGGAAAAAGAAGAGGAGGCAGUGAGACCCAGCCUUAAAGACAAGAGUCCUGUGAAAAAGGCCAAACCCACACUCAAACCUAAAAAGCCAGGAUCCAAGAAAUGAGGAGCCAGGAGUGGCCUGGCUGCAGUGACGGAGAGAGAGCCAGCUAGAACACCAUACAGAGUGGCCUUCCUGCGGGUGUGCUGCAACCCCAUGUUCCCCCCACCCAGCCUCUCUCCCUCUGAGUCUGAAUGUGACGGAGCUGUUGGGGGCAACACAAGGGGCCCACACUCCAACUAUCAAGUUUCGGCAGGACCUGGAGGGAAGAACCCUGACCUCAGAGCCCCAAUAAAGUUUGCUUUGCCGGGA